AUGUCGUUAAGCCGCUCGCCUUCACCCAGGCGCGGUGGAGGCUGGGCGUCUCCAGGUCUCUCGGCCGAUAUCUCCAACGGCAAGGUCCGCGCCGCGAGUCCCAGCAUCACAAGCAUCCAUGCCAAUGCUGACCGCAGCGGUCCUACAUGGAGUUCGGCAAAGCAGAGGAGUGCUAGGGUGGAGCACGGCGGCUAUCCCAAGUAUGAGAGCCAAAAUUCUGGUAUAUGGAGGCGUUUCAAAAGAAAUAUGAGCCUGAGCUUGCCUUUCUCCGAGAAGGACAAGAUGGGUCGUGGAUCGCCAGGUAGCCUCAAGGCGCUAUUGACGGGUGAUUGGAGGGACAUCCCACGGAAUCUGCUGGCACUUCUUUCAAGGAGACGGAAGCUUGUGGCAGCAUGCCUUUUGAUUGUGGGCAUGAUUGUGCUGUGGAAUACAACUUUGGUUUACUGGUAUCGACGAACAGCAUGGCUCGGCGGUGGUGCAAAAUUCGUCAUAAUCCUCGGGGCCAACCAAGGAGGCGGUGUAAUGGAGUGGAAAGGCGCAAGGGAAUGGGCAAUAGAAAGAGACAGCGUCAGGAACAAGAAAAAGUACGCAGCAUCAUGGGGUUACGAGCUGGAGAUCGUGGACAUGAGCACGAAGAAACGAUACGCACACGAAUGGCGAGAGAGUUGGGAAAAGGUGGAUGUUAUCAGGAAUACCAUGAAGAAAUACCCCGACGCGGAGUGGUUCUGGUGGUUGGAUCUGAACACAUUCAUAAUGGAACCGACCUACUCCUUGCAAUCGCACAUUUUUACCCAUCUCCAGAACACUGUCUACAGAGACAUCAAUGUCUACAACCCGCUUCAGAUCCAGCAUCCUCCGAAUGGAUCAUCCGGGGCAUCUUCAUUCGAAAACUACCUCGACCCAGUCUCCCUUUCCGCCGUUGGCGACGCAAGACCUGAAAGCAUCAACCUCAUCGUCCCCCAAGAUUGUGGCGGCUUUAAUCUCGGUUCCUUCUUCGUCAAACGCAGCCCGUGGACUGAUCGCAUGCUGGACAUUUGGUGGGAUCCGGUCUUCUACGAGCAGCGGCAUAUGGAGUGGGAGCACAAAGAGCAGGACGCGUUGGAGUACCUAUACAUCAAUCAGCCUUGGGUGCGACCUUCUGUUGCAUUUCUUCCACAACGGAAAAUAAAUGCCUUCCCUAACGGCGCGUGCGGCGACGAUCGUGGCUUACCAAAGAGUGGGAAAUGCCCGAAAAGUUUGACCGAGAGUGUUCUCGGUGGUCCAGAGGACCCUACCACCGAAUGCGGAGUUCAGGGAAUCCACUACCAGGAGGCAGAGCGAGACUUUUUGGUCAACAUGGCUGGAUGCGAAUGGGGACGAGACUGCUGGUCCGAAAUGUACAGAUAUCGAGAGCUUUCGAACCUCCUGAAUCGGACCUUGUGGGCGAAAUUCAAGGACUCGAUUUGGGACUUAUGGCAUCGCAAGGAGAUUCAAAGGAAAGCUCGUGAGAAGGCUGAGCGAGAGCAGCAGGAGCAGCAGGAGAAGGAGAAAGCUCAGACGUGA